AUGACUGUUCAUCAGCUGCAGGAACCAAUGCCCUGUAAUCUUGAGAAAUGGUCUCUAUGGCUUCCAUCGUCUCAUUCCAUAGAUGCACUAUCAGCGAAUUAUUUCGCGGAAGUGAACGCAAGACUUGCCAGUGUCCGUCACCGAAUAAAGAAGGAACAAAUUUAUGCCUCCUGCGAAAUUGCAGCUCUACUCCUGCCAAUUGACAGAGAAUUAGAGCAGUGGGUAUCCUCAUUGCCUGUUUCUUGGAUGUAUCAGUUGCAUCACCCCUCUUCUGAUCCUACUUCAUGCAACAAUGAUGUCUAUCCCGAUAUCUGGGUUGCGUCGAUGUGGAAUAAUUACCGGUCAGUGCGAAUCAUGAUCCAUCAACACAUUUUAUCUGCAACCCCAUGCUGUUUGUCGGAAGCUGAGGAAAGUGCUCGCAAAAAUGCUGUCUAUGUGCUCCGCGACAUGACUGCGGGAGUAUGCCGCAGUGCUCAAUACUACCUUGGAGGCUUGGACGAGGACGGGGUCAAAGGAGUCUGCUCAGGUACGCCGGCAUGUUUUCAACUGAUUUGGCCCUUAUUUCUGUCUGGUAUGUUGAGUACCACCCCGAUGGCCACUAAGACCUGGGUAUCUAGAAAGUUGCGCGAAAUUGGUCAAGCAAUGGGAUUGCAAUUGGCAAUUAAUAUGUCAGAAAAGGUUUCCAUGUCCAAUGCGUCCUUUUCUGACCGGGAAGCCUGGAUCAUCGGCGAGUGGUAUCCCAAUAGCAAUUUGCCAGUUCAGUACAACAAAUCUUAG